UGCCCUUUCAAAGGAUUGUUGGUGCACUUGAUUGACAAUGGUUGUUCAUGAGUGCAGUUUUCAAUGUGUUUACAGGUUCUAUUGUCACUGUUUGUCUGCAACAGUACACCUUCGCUUCGCUCGGCACAGGCUUCGCCUGUAGGGAGUCAUCGUAGUCUUGCCUCUCCCUCCGGGGGAAUCAUUAGUGUAGAAUGCUGGGCUACAGUAUUAAAUUGUCAAUAUCUACACAUGGGUGCAAGUGUUUAUACAUCAGCUUUACAGGACUAUCUGGACUAUUUCAUCAACUAUCAAAUAAUGCGUCACUUCGUUAUCAACUUCAAAUUAACUUAAUUCUUAUAAGCCUGUUAAAAAUACUUCCAGUUAGUUUCUGCCAAUAGUGAGGAUUAAGUCUGCCAGCCUUCCUACUUGCCAACAUUCCCAAGUGGUAAUAUCCACUUCCAGUGCCCUCGUUUUGCAAGAUAAUUGUCUGACGUUAGUGCCCCAGGACGACCAAAGUGAUAUGCACGCAACUAGAAAAGGGCCCGACAGAUGGAUUUGCACUGCACGAGAUUUUCUUCGGUCACAGUGUCUCAAAUCUGGACGGUCCUCUUCCUGCGCCCAGCGUUUGCGUCUUGUUCGAGGCACGCGUGGUGACCGGCUGAUGCCUGCAUAAGUCGUCGGCGCAUACAGCGAGCCGGAGCUUGAGCCGUUCGGAGCGUAUCGCUCGUCUCGGGGAAUA